GCUAUAUUUUAGCAACAAAUAACUGUUAGAGGAGACUAAUGGAUAUUAAUAGAUCCAGAAAGUUGUGAGUAAUUUUAUUGUCGAUAGUUUUGAUCAUUUAUGUCCCUGCUAUUGAGAUUGCUGCUGUGCUUCGAACUCAACCAGAGUUAGAGUUUGAGCAAGAAUUAGAGCUUGUUUCUAAUAAAGGAAUCCACAAUCAGAAAAACUGGUUGAAUUUUAACCAAGAAUUCACAUCAGGAGACUCAAGAAAAGUUGUUCAGAACUUGACCCUACUCAUUUCAGAUACAGGGGAGGAUUCAGGCCUCUCAGAAAUAAUGUUUGAGAUAAUAUACCUCCCACUAAGUUCGAUAUAUUUUAUUGCAGUCAUUUGAUUCUUUAAGAACGUAUCUAAUUUUGACCGGACUUGGACCUUCAGUUGGGUUGGGCUGCUUUUCUUUAUGGUAUCAUACAUUGAAAUCAACAGAGACUUCUGCUAUAUAUUUUUGAAAGCAAUAAAGCUGGAGAUGUAUACUUUUGUUCAUUUCAUCCUCUUGUUCAUGUUUUCCAUUCUGUCAGCCUCUAGUUUCUUUCUAUUAAUUUAUGGAAUCAAUAAAUAGAGAAAAUAAUUUGAAAAGAGAAAUAAAAAAGGGUACAAAGAAGAAAAUGAGGUGACUGAAAUCCCUGAUGAAGUAUGGCUGGCUUAUUAUACUGAUUAAAGUGGCUAUUAUACUUCUUAUCCAAGGUUCUUGUAUUGUAGGAAGUUUCUUUAUUAUAAAAUAUUUUUCCUUCCUGACAUCAAAUAUUUACAUUGUUAUUAUACAAAAUCUAUUCUGGGCCAAACUUUUAUUAUACAGUCUAUGUUCAAAGGUCAGAUUACAAGACACUAGGAAGGGAUUGUGAUCAAUAUACGACUGGAUUGUUAAACUAUGAGUGAGCAUUCACCUGACCUUCAGUGUGAACUUCAUCUAUAUUUUCAAGAGAAAUGCCAAUUCAAAUCUGAAGAAGAUUCUUCUGGUUGUAAUGAUGGCCUGAAUCCACUGUCUGCUGAUCCUAUCCUAUAUGGUUCAUCAGACUUACUUCUGUGGGCCUUAUUAUCCUAAAUAAAUUGAGGGAGAGAUUUAACACUGUUUGUCAACUUGGUCCUGCUAGUAGUGCAGAUUUAGAAGAUGGCUUGCUGACAAGAUGUGAUUUGUGAGCAGGAUCUUUGAGAGAGCCAAGUGCUGAGGUGCUUCCUGAAAGAAUAACCCUCACCGACCACAUUUCCUCUCAACUCCUCUCCAGCCCCCCUCUGUCCAUCCUCUCUCCUUGCUCUCACCAAUUCCACCCAGAAUGAUUCCUAAAACUCGCCCUUAACGAAGACAGUCAAUUACGAAGAUGCUCAGAGUGAAACUGAAAGUUAUAUAUUUUAUUUAAGUAAAUUUCACUCGUUCUUC